CGCGGCCACCCGAUCCACCACCACCCCCCCACUUCGCUGGCUCGUGGUCUCAGGUUUACUGCUGUCAAGGCUCUCGUGUGACUGGUGGCUCUCUGUAGUGACAGAAAAAGCAACAUCACACCUACCCUCACAUCAUGUCUCGUAGACCGCCGACUGGAGGUAGACAGGCAACGGGAGGGAGACCUCCUGUGUACAGGAUGCCAACUGGAGCUGGCAUCGUGAGAUCUCCAAAACGCAGACACACUCACCAAUACUGCACU